AAAACUGUAUAACUAGGAUUAACUUUAAUUGUAUAAUUUUUAUUUGGUACAACAGAUAAUGGGUUAUUCUUCUACAAACAUACACUUCGACUAUGAUGGACAUUGUGCGAAAUAUGGAGAUGAUUAUGAAUGGAUUCCAAGCGAUAGUCGUUUGUAUGGUAUAUCCUUUAAGACAUUGGAUGAGAUCACUUAUUCGUUUUUGAAGGAGAGGAUAUGCAAGAAGAAGAGCAUAGAUCCGUGUUUAAAGAGGCUGAAUAUGAGUUACAUUCCACUGGUAGUAGAACCUAAGAGGCAAUCAUAUAUUUUGGAUGAUGAAGAUGUGUAUGUGUAUCUGACAUCAGUGGAUAAAGACGAAAGAAGAAGUAUUUUGCAUGUAGAGGUCAUCGAAGAAAUGGAAAUAGUUCCAGUAAUGGAGCAACAAUCAGUAGUUGAGAAAGAAAGCUCAUAUGGUGGGAACUAUAGUGAGCUUCCGAGUGGAUUACCCGAAGUUGAAGGUAAUCCGGGUGAACUCACUCUAGUAACUGGCAUUGAAGAAGCAGAAAUAUAUCUACCGGGGUCUGAACGGGUGGAGAAUGUUGUUAAUGGAAAAACCGUGGAAGGGGGCAUUAACGUUAUUAAUGGAGAAGCCGACGAAAGGGGCAUUAAUGUUGUUAAUGGGGAAGACGGCGAAGGGGGCGUUGGUUUGGACAACAGAGUGGACAAUGAGGGCGACGUGGAUAACUCUAUGGGUGUUCGUCCUAGUUGGGAAUAUGUUGAGCUCCCACGUGUUGCAAAAAAAAUUGCAGUGGUUAAAGAGUGGGAAGAUGGUUUGGGUCUUCAGUUGUUUCAAGAAUUUCCGAGUAAAGAAGCUGUGAAAGAUAUUAUUGAUAGAGCAUCACAGAAGAACUGUUUCAGAAUCAGUAUCUCCAACUCGGACAGGAGUCGAUAUGUGGUGAAAUGUCGGGGAGCAGCUGAAGGUUGUAAAUGGGGUGUGAGAGCUACAGCUAAUUCUGAAGCGUUCUCGAUUAGAACAUACAUGAAGAUGCAUUCAUGCUCUCGCGCAAUUUCAAGUACUGGAGUGAAAAGAAAAGUUACACCAAGAUGUGUUGCAGCUAUUGUGCAUAAGGAUUAUCUGGGACUAUAUGAGACACCAACUGCGAAAGUCCUGCUCGGUCUGGUGCAAAGGAAAUUGGGUGUGGAAGUGUCGGAUACGACAUGUUUGAGAGGAAAAAAGCAAGCUAUUGCGGAUAUGCGUGGUGAUCCCAAGACAUGAUACAAAAUAUUGCCUUCUUAUUUGUAUAUGUCAGAGAAGGUGAACCCAGAUACAAGAACAAGUUUGGUACUGGAUAAACACAACCGGUUCAAAUACCUAUUUGUUGCGUUGAGAGCCUCCAUUGAAGGUUUUGAAUACAUGAGGAAAGUCAUCACUGUGGAUGCAACUUUCCUGAAGACUGUUGAAGGUGGUUGUUUAGUUAUUUCCACGGCUCAGGAUCCAAACCUUCACCAUUAUCCAAUUGCCUGUGCUGUCGUUGAUGGGGAGAAAAACGAAAGCUGGAAGUGGUUUUUCACGACGCUGAAAACUGUUAUACCGGAUUCGACGGAAUUGGUGUUUGUUUCAGACAGAAAUACAAGUCUGAUAAAAGCUGUUGCUGAAGUGUAUCCGAUAUCUAAACAUGAGUUUUGUAUCUGGCAUCUAUCGCACAAUGUGAAAGGUAGCAUCGCCCAGUCCAGGGACGAGGUUGCACUAUAAUUCGGAAAAGUUGCGACGCUUUAUUCAGAGACUGAGUUUGAUAAGCAGUAUAAAGAAUUUAGGGAGAGGUAUCCAUCGUGUGCUGUGUAUCUUGAUAAAUGUGUCGAUGUAAAAAAGUGGGCGAAGUGUCAUUUCCCUGGUGCAAGGUACAACAUAGACACCUCUAAUUGUGCGGAGUCUUUGAAUGCGCUGUUUGAAAAUGCGCGAAGGAUGGAUUUAUUGCCUAUGCUUGAUACAGUUAUUGACAAAAUGGCUGAGUGGUUCAACAGACAUAGGAAGGAUGCAGCAGAAGGACCAUCGUCUCGAAAAUUGGUUCCUCAUGUGGAGAACAAAAUGCAUGACAGAGUACCGAAAGGUUCAAAACUUAUAGUGACUUCGCUGAACAGUUUUGAGCUUGAAUACAGUGUUAUUGGAGAAGACGGGAAGACUUAUAUCGUGGAUUUGCAGAAGCAUACGUGCAGUUGCAGGAAGUUUGAUAUAGAUAAAUUCCCAUGUAGACAUGCAAUAGGCGCUAUCGUUAAGUGUUUGAAGCAUGAUAGACCAGUACAGGUGAGUGACAUGUAUGCUUUCAUUUCGACUUAUUACUUCAUUGAAUUGUGGCCUUUGGCGUAUCGAUGGACUGUAUAUCCAGUGCCUCAUAUGACUCAUUGGAAGGUUCCACCAGAAGUCGCGGCUAAGUGUCCCUUACCUCCAGAGUACAAAAAAAAAAGAAGGGAAGAAAGCAGGAAAAAAGAUUUCCUGCGGCAGGAGAAAGACGGUCCCGUCAUAAUAAGUAUAUCCGGAAUAGGGGUUUGGCUAGCUAUUUCAACUGCUCACAGGGAGCUCAAGGAACUGAAGGAUCAAAAGGGACACAAGGGACACAAGGGACACAAGGGACACAUGAGACACAAGGGACUAAAGGGACUCAAGGAUCACAAGGCACUCAAGGAACAGAAGGAACAGAAGGAACACAAGGGACUCGAGGGCCUCAAGGAGCACAAGAGACUCAAGGAACACAAGGGACUGAAGGAACACAGGGGACUCAAGGAUCACAAGGCAGUCAAAGAACAGAAGGAUUCCAAGGCACUCAAGGAGUUGAAUGUGAGGAAAAUCAGUGAAAACUUUGUGAAAAGAUGCGUUAUAUGAAUGUAAAACUUGGUGAAACCUGAAUAAAGUGGUUUCGUUAUAUGUUUGUAAAUCUUGGUGAAACUUUCGUAAUGUUAUUGUUGAUUUGGAGUGAUUGGUGAUUUAGGCUACAAUUGCGAUGACAUAACUAAUUAAUGUCCUACGAAGACGACGUAACUUAUUAACAUGUUCUGAAAUCCGGAUCACCUCGAGUCAAAAAAAUUUAUAAUCGCAAAAACCGGUAAAGUAAAACUUUAAAGCUUGUGGAUGCGAUGGCUGCAGAGAUAGCUGAACUGAAGUACAAUCUUACUCGUCCAAAUCCUGCCACUCCAUGAGAUGCGUCCGGUCCAUGACAUUUGUCUACUAUCUGUUGUUGUUGUUUGCUUGAGAUUAUGUUUGAGAUUCGAUUAUGUUUGCUUUAGAUUAUGUUUGCUAAGUUGAAAGUGAAACUUAUUAAAGUUUUCCCUACUCUCUCUCAUUCCCGAUACGUUAUAUUCACGAAGUUAGACUAAGUUGAACGUGAAACUUACUAAAGUUUCCCCUACUCUCUCAUUCACGAUCUACUAAUUACGUUAUAUUCACGAAGUUAGACUAAGUUGAACGUGAAAAUUACUAAAGUUUCCCCUACUCUCUCAUUCACGAUCUACUAAUUACGUUAUAUUCACGAGUAGUUCCAGUAGCCUCGACCGAAUCUGCAUGAGCCUGACCAGAUUCUGCAUGAACCUGACCUUCAUUACGAGAUGUACGAGCCUCAAAAUCAAUGCCGAACUGUUCUUCAAAGAAAACUUGUUUCUUCCAUUUCCGUAUUAUCUUCGUCCAACGAUCAACUGCUGCAUCAUCGUCGUCAUCGGCCUAACAACUUUCCUUGUCCAUCCCUAUGGUUUCCAGAAGUUCCUUCUCAGCUGCUGUUGCUACCAAGAUACUCUCAAUAUCAUGUGGCAAAAACACAAAAAACAUUAAUUAUCUUAGUUUCACUAAGUUUUCAUAAGUCUCAUAAGUCCCUUCUCCUAAAUUCAACUACACAUAAAACAUCAAUUACCUUUGUACUAUUACCAAUUUUAUCGUUCACAACAUUCAGACUGAAUUCCCUGGUUCUACUUUUGCGUUUGUACUGCAUCUUGCACAUCCGCGGGCAACCACUGCGUGCACCACUCACAUUUUCUCGGAAAUGGUUCCUCAAGCUUGGAAUUGCCUCAAAGGCCAACAACUACGAACACACAACAAAAGGACAUUAACAUCAAUUAAACAAUAACACAACUAAUUAGAAGAGAGCUUAA